AUGGGCAAGCUCAUCAAGAACCACUGGGGCCGUCUCAUUGUCCUCACCGCUGCGACUUACCAACUCGCCGCCGCCAUUGAAGGGUUCUUCUGGCCCAAGAUAUUCUGGGAUUUUCUCACAAAGAACCUCGACGGAGCAGUCAAGCCUUUCCCAGCAUUACAGAUCAUCAAUGUCGUGCUCAGCAUAUUAAUAUUCGCGUGGGAGUGGCCUUUCAAGCCGGUGGUCAAGCUGCUGCCGGGUUUACACCGGAGUAUGGAAGCCAGGCUGGUGGUCUAUCCUCUGGCAGCCCUGGCAGGAGUCUUGCUGUAUCAAGCCACCAACUCGUCACUAUACUACAUUAUCGGCGUCAUUGUUUACUUCUGGGCCUACUCGGAAGGAGAGACCGUCUGUCCCGAACCUUGGACCGUCCCCAAGAGGAAUCCAGCAAGGCCAGGGAAAGUAUGA